AGAUAAAACUGGAUGGUUGAAGGUGGCGGCGAACGAAUUAGACGUGGUGUUGACUACGAAGACGAAUGAGAAUGUGGCCAAGAACGUGAUUCUGUUCCUGGGCGACGGAAUGGGGAUCAGCACAAUAACUGCCGGACGGAUAUACAAGGGGCAGCAACAGAAAAAGAACGGCGAGGCUUUCAAGCUAGCCUUUGACCGUUUCCCUCACACAGCUUUAAUCAAGACUUACAGCGAGGACAAAACAACUCCCGACUCAGCGGCCACGGCAACGGCGUUCCUGACUGGUGUAAAAACCAACAAUGGAGUUAUCGGCCUUGACGGUCGCGUUAAGCACGGAGUAUGUUCUGGUAAUAUGGAAGAUAGUAAGGCCAAUUCAAUACUGGACUGGGCAUUAGCAGCAG